AAACACCACUGAAAAACCGAUUCUGACGGCAUUGCCAAGGCCUGUCGAGGGGAAACAUCGCUGCACGGGCAGAAAGCAUGUAGGCCAAGUAGGCGAAGGAAACGCACGCGAACUGUCUACCGUCUACGUCCACCGAUACAAGACUCUCGCCAUUUCACCUCGCCCCGGAAAGUGUCUGCAAAGGAGACGUAACCACGGUCACUCUGAGGCUCAGCGCCGGGCCCUAUUUACUUCUCCACAGCCGGUUUUCCCCGAAGACUAUAAAAUGCGAACCUCUUCCGGCUGUGGAACAUGGCGGCGCCCACGGUAAGGACCACAUUUGGGGGCGGGGCCUUGCGGCACUUCCGUCCAGGUCCAGUGGGUGCUGUGAUCUUCAAGCAUGGGGUCCGCUGGCUUGUCGCGACUGCACGGGCUUUUCGCGGUCUAUAAGCCCCCGGGGCUAAAAUGGAAGCACCUGCGGGAUACAGUGGAGCUACAACUACUGAAGGGUCUCAAUGCCGGGAAGCCUCCCGCCCCUAAACAGCGUGUUCGCUUCUUGCUGGGCCCCAUGGAAGGCAGCGAAGAGAAGGAGCUGACCCUCACAGCCACCAGUGUACCCUCUCUCGUCAACCAUCCACUGGUGCUCGGCGUGGGACAUGGAUGCAGGCUCCUCACCGAUAUGUACAAUGCUCAUCUCACCAAGGAUUACACAGUGCGUGGCCUCCUUGGCAAAGCUACAGAUGACUUCUGUGAGCAUGGGAGGCUGGUAGAGAAGACAACCUAUGACCACGUGACCAGAGAGAAGCUGGACCGCAUUCUGGCCAUGAUCCAAGGCUCCCAUCAGAAGGCCCUGGUGAUGUACUCCAACCUCGACCUGAAGACCCAGGAAGCCUAUGAGAUGGCUGUUAGAGGCCUGAUCCGGCCCAUGAACAAGUCCCCGAUGCUGAUAACUGGCAUUCGAUGCCUCCACUUUGCACCUCCGGAAUUCCUCUUAGAGGUGCAGUGCAUGCAUGAGACGCAGAAAGAGCUGCGAAAGUUGGUUCAUGAAAUCGGCCUGGAGCUAAAGACCACUGCUGUCUGCUCCCAAGUGCGGCGCACGCGCGACGGCUUCUUCACACUUGACAGCGCCCUCCUGAGGACCCAGUGGGACCUGCACAAUAUCCAGGAUGCUAUCCGGGCUGCUGCCCCCCAGGUAGCUGCAGAGCUGGAGAAGAGCUUGGGCCCGCAGCUGGACACCAAGGAGCUCCCCAGUCGGGAAUGGUCCUGGGAAUCCCAGGGCCCGAGCUCUACCUUGGGGCCGGAGAGGGGUGCAGGGCACUGAAUGCCCAGGCAGCUGCUGGGGCAGUGAAUGGAUAAAUAGAAGAGCUGCUAUGAGCUCGACCUGAUAGCUGUGCAGAAAGUGAGAGCAGGAGCACCUUUUCUAUGUGUGACACGAAACUCAAGCUGUAACAGAAAGAUCAAUGGACUUGACCCAACUGAAAAGGAAAAACUUCUGUAUGGAGGAAAAGACAGUAAACAAAUGACAGACUGAUAGAAAGUACUGGCAGGCCAGGCGUGGUGGCGGGCAGUUGUAAUCCCAGCUACUCCCAAGGCAGAGGCAGGAGAAUUGCUUGAGCCCAGGAGUUUUAAGGUUGUAGUGCGCUAGACGGUGCCUGUGAAUAGCCACUGCACUCUAGUCUGGGGAACAUAUGAGAUCCCCCCAAAUCUCAAAAAAAAAAAAAAAUUCCCAAUAAACUAUGUGCCCAUUAAAAUUAAAAAUUUUUUAAAAAUUGU